CGUUUCGAAAUUAGGGACUGGAGCUCGCGCGUGUACAGUAGUGCUGCAUGCUGCCGACUCCGCUCGUGCUGCUCGCGAUCUCGAGCUCCAUCUCGGUCGUCGCCUGCGUGAGCAUGAUGGUGUGCUUUGUACUCUUUGAAGAGUCGCGCCGGUGCGGCCGCCGCAUCCUCUUCUACCUCCACGCCACCGACUUCGUCGGCGCCGUGCUGUGGCUAUGGACGCUCCUGCCCGAAAUUGCGUCGCCGUCGACGCCCAUCACGUCGACGCCGUGGACGUGCUAUGUUCAGGGCUAUGGACUUCAGUUUUGCGUGCUUUCGUCGUACCUCUGGACCACCUGCUUUGCCUUUCACUUGUACCAGAUCCUCGUCAAGGCCAACAAGACGCCCGAGAUGUACGAGUGGCGCUACGUGCUGCUGGCGUGGGGGAUCCCGCUCCUCAUUGUCCUCAUGUUUGGAAUCCAGCAACUCUGUGGGUUUGAGCUCAUCGGGUUUGGCGGACUGCCGUGGUGCUGGGUUCGCUCGUGGAGCGACAACCAGUGGGUCCUCGACGGCUACGUGCUUCAAAUGCUCUUCUUCUACGGCCCGCUCACCGUCGCGUUGGCGGUCAACACGGCGCUCUUCGUCACGGUUGCUACGAAGCUGGGGCGGUCGACCGUCAUGUCAACGGGCAUGGAAGACAAGAUUCGCCGGCGCAUGAUGGCCUACAUCGGGAUUUAUGUCCUCACGUGUGCGUGGGGCGGCCUUGGACGGACGUUCCAAGUGAUUUCGCCCCGCCACGAAAUCAGCCCCGUCUUCUUGGCGCUGACUGCGUUCUUCGCACCACUGCAGGGUGCGCUCAACUGCGUCACGUACGGCCUCAACAAGCUGCUGCGCGAACGCUUCAUGGCGGCCAUUCGGCAGUGGCGACAACGCAGCGGGGCCAAAGGCGCUGCUGGUCUGCCCGAGAAGCGCACACUGGUUCACAGUCCCAAGCGCGUCCGAAGAACGUGAUCUGUCGUAGCU